AGUUGACACAUUUAACAUCUAAGUUUUAGUUGCAUUUUCAUUUCUGGAUGCCCGAUUUCUGAAAUAAGAAGCUUAAAUUAUUUAGAUGCUGUAUUGCAAUACUCACUAUCUGCAAUAAUUUAAAUAAUAUAAAAGAAGUAAAAGGAUAUACAAGCAAUAUGCCACGUGGUAAAUACACAAACCAUAAAGGCCGUAACCGAAAAUUCACCAGUCCAGAAGAAUUGGAGGAACAACGGAAACAAGAGGAGUUAAAACAAAAAUGGCGGAAAGAACAUGGGGAUGAAAGUUCUAGUGAAGAAGAAGCUGGUGGCAGUAAGUCUGGUUCUGAGAGUAGUGAUGAGAGUGAUUCCGAUGAUGAGCCAGCAAAGGCAAAAGGUGUGUCCGCUUUAAUUGAAGUAGAAAAUCCUAACCGUGUAGUUAAGAAGAAUAAAAAAUUAUCCAAUUUAAAUACAACUAUUGGAGAAGGAGAAAAACCGCAGUUAUCAAGGCGUGAAAGAGAAGAAAUUGAAAAGCAGCGUGCAGCAGCGGCAUAUCAAAAAGCCCAUGCGGAAGGCAAGACUGAUCAGGCAAGAGCAGAUCUAGCGAGGCUGGCUAUUAUAAGACAGCAGAGAGAAGAAGCUGCCAAAAGACGAGAGGCAGAGAAAAAGGCCAAGGAAGAAAUUCCUAAGAAGAGGUAGACCAAGAGUGUUCUGCAAGAAUCUAAUUAAUUAUUUGAUAAAUAAAUGUUUAUUAUAACUUUUAUGUGUGAACACAAAAUUUUAUGUAAUUUAAAGUUAAUUUGUAAUACACUUUUGUUUACAUUUAUAAAACACUUAGCGGUCAUUUACAUUAUUAAUUGUGCAAUUGAAUCUUGUUUUUCUCAAACUCAAAUGGAGCUCAAUAAUUAGUUUUUACUUUGACAUAUUUUAUUAUCUAUAAUUAUAAUUGCCUCAAACACUGGUUGCUCAAUUUUAUUGAUUUUAUAUAAUUUGCAUUCAUCUAAAAUAUGUUGUUUCUCCAGGUUAAAUUAUAAUGUGGCAUAAUUAAUCGAUCUAGUAAUACAUUAGUCUUGCAAUAUCAAAUAUAUAAUAUAGGAGUACCGAUUAAAAUUUUUACCAUUAAUUACUUAAUGCACCUGCGUUUUAUUACAAUUGCGGGUUUUUAAUGCCUUAAUUAUUGUUUUAAUUUAGACUGCAAAGUUCCGAUGGUUAAUUUUAAUCGACCACUCUGUGUAUGUACUAUGUGUUUUUUUUUUAUGUAAAUUGCAUGUAAAUUUAAUUUCAAAUAAUUCAUAUUAUAUGCUAAUUAGAAAAUGUUUAAUGUACCAAUUUCUAUUGAAUAAAGUUUUCAAAGUAA